AUGCCUCGUCCACGAUCAACAUCGCCAGAGGAGGCCUACUAUAGCCCGGAUCCUAUGACCCCCACCUUCUCGCCUCCCGCCGACUACACCGAGUUUCAAACCCUGCGUCCCGGCACACCAGGUACCAUGACCAGCUUCGGCGGUCGCUACUCGGCCGCCAGUACCUACAUGGACAAGUACGAUCGCGAUGGAGCCAACACACCAGCCGCACAGACCCUCUUGCCCGCCGUCGACGGCGCUAACGGUCAGCGUUCCAGCACAUACUACUUUGAGAAGGAGGGAGGCGCUGCUCCUGGCGCCGACGCCGGCUACCAAUACCAAGGCCGACGCGGCCAAGGCUACAACCCGGCUGCCAACGUCGCCGCUCUCGAAGGCGGCGCUGCGGCUGCCAAGAAGCGUCCCAACUUUAUGAGACGCCGGCCCUUCCUCUUUGCCUUCCUCAUGUUGCUCCUCAUCGCUGUCAUUGCAGGUGGUGUCGGCGCCGGUGUCGGCAUUGCUCACAACAAGUCGAGCGACAAGAACCUCUCUUCGUCCGCCAGCAACAAUGGCAACUCUGGCUCCACAUCCAACAGCAACAACCAUCACAACGGCGGUUCCUCGACUGGCGGCAGCAAGACCACCGGCGGUGCCACUCCCACCGCUUCUGCUACUCCCACUCCCACCAUCACCCCCUUCGCCAGGUACAGCUGGACCGACACCAACACAAAAGCCUACGGUGUCAGUCUCGGCUCCUGGCUCGUCCUCGAACGAUGGCAGCUCGAGGACUGGAUGGUCCAGCAGGGCGGCGCCAACGCCUGGGACGAGUUCCGCCUCACUCAAAAUCUCGGCAACCGUGCCGCUUCGGUCCUUGCCGAUCACCAAAACUCCUGGGUCACCGAGGCGGAUAUGGACACGCUCGAGAACGCCGGCGUCAACAUUGUCCGUAUCCCCAUUCCUUUCUGGGCCUUCAUCCCCACCGUCUCUGGCGAGCCUUACCUCAACGACAUGACCAUGUACCAAAACCAGCUCAACAAGAUGCUCCAGUGGUGCUACUCGCGUAACAUGUACGUCAUGCUCGAUCUCCACGCCAUGCCUGGCUCCCAGAACGGUGACCAGUCUUCGGGGCACAACACCACCAACAUCCAGUGGUUCACCCAGGCCAACCAGGACCGCUCCGACACCUUUGUCGAGAACGUCCUGGCUUGGGCCACCGGCAGCAACUACAGCUCCAUCAUCAACGGUAUCGGCGUUGUCAACGAGCCACGCAUCGUCAAUGACGACUGGACGCUCAACAACACGCGCUUCUCCAUCACCCAGAGCUUCUACGAGCGCAGCUACGCCACCUGCGUUAAGAACAACAUCCCCAUGACUUUCCACAAUGGCUUCGCACCCGGCACCGUGUUGGACAAGAUGAACCUCUGGAGGCCCUUUGUUUCGGGCAAGGAUCCCAACAUGCUCAUCUACGAGGACCACCCCUACCCCGGUUGGUUCACCGUGCCUGAACCUGGUCGCGCUGAGAUCCAGACCUCCGUCUGCGAGUACGGAUCGGCCGGCGGCCAAUUUGGUGUCCCCAUCCUCAUGGGCGAAUUCUCGGCGAUUCAAGCGAUCGGGUCCAGCAGCUACACCACCUCCUACCUGAACAUGCAGCUCUCCACCUAUGCUUGGUCGGCAGGUUCCAUCUUUUGGAACUUCAAGGCCAACUCGUCCAGCAAUCCGGUGCUGGCGCUGUCGAGCGACCUGAUGCAGCUCUACUCGUACGUAGACCUCGUCAACGCUGGCACCAUGCCCAACCCAGGAAAAGGCGGAAACGUUCGCAACUUCUACACUUCCCUGCCCAAUCCUUGCGGCAGCUUCCAGACCUACGGCUGGAACAACCCCGCGCAAUGA